UAUUUAGUAUGGAAUGAAAUUCUUUGUAAGCAAAUGUAUCGGAGCGAAUGUAGAGAAUAAAAAUUAAACAAAUUAAAGGUCAUUUUAAACGGGGGGUAAAAAUUUGGAAAAAUAACAGUCGACGGAUUGUCCCCUAGCGCUGUAAAUAAGUUAUAACCGCAUUUCGGCAUCCCUUUCACCUAAAACGUCAACAGAAACUCGCUGGCAAGUUUCGAGGCGGACACCUCACAGGCCGGAGUCUUGUUUUAGUCUCAUUCUCAAAGGGAACACCGUUGGCCCCAGAGUCGGACGCCUACCCAACAGAACCCUGAGAACCCGAUCGCCCUUUUCUUAGACGAUGGCACCGAAACAAAGGAUGCGCUACGCCAACGAAAAGGCGAGCAAGAAUGUCACACUGAGAGGAAACGUGCCCAAAUCGACGAAAGCGGCAGAUGAAAAAUAUCCCGUUGGACCUUGGCUUCUUGCGUUGUUUGUCUUUGUUGUUUGUGGAUCCGCCGUUUUUCAAAUCAUCCAAAGCAUUCGAAUGGCAUAACAUGGCAGACUCUGGAAUUCAAAAUUGACUGAGCCCAGUUUGCAACACUUUUAUGUUUAGCACCUUACAUAAUUCCAUGUGAUAAUUUAUUACCCUCCCCCCCUGCCGUUGAAACUUGACAAAAAAAAGAAGAAAAUAAAAAUUUAAUAGUAUUUUUGAUUUUCAUUCUAAUAAGAAGGAUUCAAUUAAAUCACUUUUUCAAUUCUGGGUCUGUUUGCAAUUUGUACAUUUUUAUUAUGAUUUUUUUUUUUUUGUUAUGUAAAAUGUUACAUAUUGGUGAAUCAUAAUAUCCUAUUGCUAUCGUCUUUGGCAGAUUUGGUUUACAAUCAUUGUUAUAUACAAAUUGAUUAUGUUGGUUUGAUUUUGUAAAUACUGUAUGGUAGGCUUUAACGUUAUAUAAACUAGCAUUCCAUUGUGCAUUAAAGUUGUAUAUGACACUCUGAAAUAAAGUUAUUUGUAUUAUAAUA